GGAGGAAAGGUGUCUGGGGCCCUCCGCUGUAGGAACGCAUCCGGCGCGCUUUGGCCGCUGUGCGGCGCCGUAGUCCUCAGCGGUUGCCAGGGAGACAGUACCCGCGCCCGUCCAGCCAGCGGAGGCCUUGCCUCGGCUGCUCAGGCCGCUCCCGUCUGCGCUACCGCCGCCGCCGCCUGGUCUCCUCCCCGGCUCCUCUGCCGGCUCCGGGGAUGCGAUGGAGCCUCUGGGGAAGGGGAUGCGAAGGUCGCGGAGCUGGAGCCCGCGAGCCGCGGCCGCUGCAGUUCGGAGGUUCUGACGCUACUCGGCCGCCUUGGGUCGGAGAGGGCCCCGGUCCGGUCGGGCCGCCGGACAAGAUGAACAUCUGCAACAAGCCCUCCAAUAAGACUGCUCCAGAGAAGCCUGAAUGGACAGCUUCAAACAAGGACAGUGGUCCAUCCCCUGAGCUCUGUGGUCAGCGUUCCCGGAGAAAUGGUUGGAGCUGGCCCCCACACCCAUUCCAGAUUGUUGCUUGGCUGCUGUACCUCUUCUUUGCUCUGAUUGGCUUUGGGAUCCUCGUUCCCCUCCUGCCUCACCCGUGGGUACCUGCUGGCUACGCUUGUAUGGGAAUUGUCUUUGUCUGCCAUCUCGUCGUCCACCUGACUGCAGUCUCCAUCGAUCCAGCAGAUGCCAACGUGAGGGAUAAGAGCUACGCAGGGCCCCUGCCCAUCUUCAAUCGCAGUCAGCAUGCUCAUGUCAUUGAAGAUCUACACUGUAACCUCUGCGAUGUGGAUGUGAGUUCCCGAUCUAAGCAUUGCAGCGCCUGCAACAAAUGUGUAUGUGGUUUUGACCAUCACUGCAAAUGGCUCAACAACUGCGUGGGGGAGAGAAACUACUGGCUCUUCCUGAACAGUGUGGUAUCAGCCCUGCUGGGCGUCUUGCUCCUGGUGCUCAUUGCUUUCUACAUCUUCGUGGAGUUCUUCAUCAACCCCAUGCGGCUUAGGACCAACAAACACUUCGAAGUCCUGAAGAAUCACACAGAUGUAUGGUUCGUGUUCCUCCCAGCGGCCCCUGUGGAGACCCAGGCCCCUGCCAUCCUGGCCCUGGCUGCCCUGCUUAUCCUGCUGGGCCUUCUGUCCGUGGUGUUGCUGGGACAUCUACUCUGCUUCCACAUUUAUCUCAUGUGGCACAAACUAACCACCUAUGAGUACAUUGUGCAACAGCGGCCAUCAAAGGAGGUGAAGGAGACCCAAAAGGAACUGAAGUCGUGUCCGGCCAAGAUGCGGCCCAUUCAGGAGGUGGAGUUCUAUGUUCGCAGCUUCAGUUACACCAAUUCAGAGCUCCAGGCAGAGGGCUUGUCAGUGGCAUCUUCCAAGCGGGACCGGUCCACGCUCUUUGUUACCAGUUCCGAGCCUGUACUGCCUUCCUCCGCUGACUCCCCAGUGCUGCUACCCAAGAACCAGCCACAGAAGAAGAAAAAGAAGAAGAGAAAAGUUUACAAGGUGCCAGCCUUGGUAGCCACUGAUAAAUCUCAGGGCCGCGUCCCACCUCGGCCCAGGCUGCCAGCCCCCUGCCCAGAGCUCCCCGAGGCUAGUAUGAUGAGUUCUUCGACCCACUCCUCCAACUCCAGCCUGCAUCUCCCCAUGCCAGUCUUCCUGGACCCAGACAGUUCUAUCCAGGCAGCUGGUCCUCCAGCUGACUACCAUUCUGAGUCAGCUGAGUCCAUGGAGGAGAUCCCUGUGGCCCAGACUCGCCUGGGCAGUACCACCCCAGCUGACGGUGGCCACCCACCCCCUUAUAGUGGCCUGGGUCUUUCCCGACAUCACCUCCCCCAAGCUCCUAGCCUGGGCAAGAGAUGCCCUCAGGGCAAGGAUUAUGAACAAGAGUUGGAAUUUAUGACCAAAGUGCCCACUGUGUUUGUGAGCCAAAGCAGUGGGGACCCCCCUGGCCCUUCCAGAGGGCAGCAAUGCACUGGGGCCAGGCGGGAACACCGCCGGAAGGUUAGCUUGACCUAGGUUCUUCCCUACCUUCCAGCAUUGCUGCUCGUCUACCUGACAGAGAUGGAUGCGAGGCCAGAGCCUUCAGUGGUGCCCUCCUGCCCCCUCAGUUAUGUCCUGGCCUUGAGAAUUGUGACUCUCCUUGGAGUCCAGCUUGAGCCUAAAAGACUGAGAUUAAGCCUGAGGCAAAUUCAGUUAGAGGUUGGGAUUAGGGUCAAGGCAGGGUUGAGAGGCUCAGUGGCAGCCUAGACCAAAGGACAGUCCCAGAAGUGGGACAGUUGUGCCUGGAAGGAAAUGACCCUUCCUGCAGUUGUCUCUCCAAGGAUUGAGGUGAAUAAGAGUAGGCAGGCCUUGGGAGUGGGGUGCCACAGCAACCAGACCCUGAAGUUGGCAGCCUCACCUGAGAAGGAUCACAAAGUAAGUUGAAGAAGCGUGCCACUCCCCGAUAUGGGCGCUGGGAGGCAAAGCCCUAGCUGAACCAGGCUAGUUACAGCUCUGGGUCCAGCCACCUCCAGCCUCCUGGCUCUCCCCUCCAGAGGGGCCAUAGGAUUUAGAGGGCCAAAGCUUGCUGCCCCCAAAUGAUGUACAGGGGCUAAUCUGAAUCCUAGGCCAAAUCUCAAGGCCAAAGUGAUUCCUCAGUCCCACUCAGUGGGUGACUUUUGCCCUGGAUUAAGCCAGGCAGCAGAGGCCUCUCCCAAGAGCCAAUGGGCUCUCGUGGAGGGUGGGAGGGAGUCCUAGGCCCCCUGGACUCCAGACUGAGCUCCCUCCAGUCAGGUACCUACCUAUCUCUCCCACCUAUGCAACCCUGCCCCCCAGCUCCAUUGGGUUAGCCUUGGGGGCCCUCAACUGUUCUUACCUCCUACAAAGGACUUCAGGGUCAGGUUGGGAGACUGGCUAGUGGGGCAGCUCCCAGGGAAGGAGGGAGAACUGAGGCACUGGUGCUGCUGCUGCUGCUGCAGGGAGAGAAAGCCAGGCUUCCCAGCACCUUACAACAGCACAGAAUUCACUUUAGGGGAAUGCCCCAGGGGACUAGGGGCUGGGUGAGCACUUGGGACCUCGGCCCUCCUUCCCCCCCCCCUUUCCUGGGGCUGUAUUCCCCCUUUAAUCAUGAGCAGCGGUACCCUCCUCCUGUGGAUUAAUCAUGAUGCUACAAUAUAAAUUUUGUAUGCCUUUGCUAA